AAACCCAAAACGAUCCAACCCAAACUCUGAGUGUCUCUCAAGAGAAAGCGAAGUAAAAACAAUAGGAACAGACAAAAGAGGUAAAAUGGCUUUGCCUUUGGUCUCCUCUGUUUCUUACAUCCAAUCUCCAACCCAACUCCAUUGUUUCUCUCCCAGAAAAGAAAGAUUGGGACUUUAUAGAUUACUAUUGUGGAGCUCUCAUCAGGAGGAGAAGAAGAAUCAUCAUAAUAGUUCGAUUAGACUUAGCAAAAGAAACUCUCCCGCUGUGAGAAUGUCUGCAUCCACAUUGCCUACGUAUCUUCUUCACCGACCAAAGAAGGUUUGGAUAUGGACUGAGUGCAAGGAAGUGAUGACGACUGCAGUGGAACGAGGGUGGAACACGUUUGUCUUCUCAUCACAUAAUCUACAACUUUCUGAUGACUGGUCAUCGGUUGCAUUGGUGGAUUCAUUGUUUAUUGGUGAGAAGCAAGUUACUGAUGGAACUGGGAAAGCUGUGGCUGCUGUCUUUGAGGUUUCAACACCUGAGGAGCUGAAGAAGCUUAAGAUUGAAGAUGAGGAGACUGAGAAUAUUGUUCUUGGUCUUUUAGACUGGAAGUCAAUCCCAGCUGAGAAUCUAGUGGCGGCUCUCCAAGGAAGUGAGAAGACGGUGUUUGCCGUUUCAACUACUCCCUCUGAAGCAAAACUAUACCUUGAGGCUUUAGAGCAUGGUCUUGGCGGAAUCAUUCUUAAAACAGAAGAUGUCAAAGCUGUUCUUGACCUGAAGGAAUACUUUGACAAAAGGAACGAAGAAAGUGAUACGUUAAGCUUGACAGAAGCUACUAUAACUAGGGUUCAAAUGGUUGGUAUGGGAGACAGAGUCUGUGUUGAUCUUUGCAGCCUCAUGAGACCCGGUGAAGGUCUUCUUGUAUGUUUACCUGUUGGAUCCUUUGCAAGAGGACUCUUCCUGGUUCACUCAGAAUGCUUGGAGUCUAAUUACAUUGCAAGCAGGCCAUUUAGAGUCAACGCUGGGCCAGUUCAUGCUUAUGUCGCAGUUCCAGGAGGAAAGACUUGUUACCUCUCCGAGUUAAGAACAGGAAGAGAAGUAAUCGUUGUUGAUCAGAAAGGAAAACAGCGGACAGCAGUUGUCGGGAGAGUUAAAAUAGAGAAGCGACCGCUUAUCCUCGUGGGGGCUAAGCUUAGUGGAGAGGAGGAUGAAACGGGGUUUAGCAUCAUCCUACAGAACGCGGAGACAGUUGCAUUAGUCACUCCUCAUCAAGUAAACUCAUCUCGGAAAACGGCUGUUCCUGUGACCUCGCUGAAGCUUGGGGAUCAAGUUUUGAUUAGGUUACAGGGCGGUGCACGCCACACCGGUAUAGAGAUUCAAGAAUUCAUUGUCGAGAACUGAUUCAAAUAAAAUGUGUAUUUUUAUUCAACUAUUCAUAGUCUUGUAAAAUGCAGCAAAUUAAAUUGAAAAAAAACUAGAGAGAAAUUUUAUGAAG